CCUCUAUAACCGAAUUUGACUGUGCCCUACUCGUACAUAAUGCUCUUCUCGCCUUUCCUUUUCCGGCGGGUGUCAGCCAAAACCAGGUCGUGGAACCAAUAAUUUAGCCGAGACGUCAACGCCAGAAGAGGUUGUCCAAAUAGUCAUUAUUCUGCUACAUUGUUAAUGAUUUACCCAGUGUGUAAAGUUCAUUGAAUCUGGUCCUUCGGUUGUCGUGGGAGAAUCGCUCAUUUUUGCACGAUCUAAUAACGCAGUUGUACUGGUCGGAUCCAUCUUGGUCUUUCUGCGAGCUCGUUUGGCCAGUUUUUAGCUCUUUUCCAAGACUGAGUUUAAAGAACAGGCACUAUGGCGCAAAGCCGGCCAGGGCCUUAUGUUGCUCAAGGGCCUCUGUCUUCUGCAGCUCCUGUAGUGACGGUGCAGCAUGUACAAGGCUCUGACCCCAGUGAUGCGGCACCCACCAGUGCCAAGGACAGAGGCAACAUCAAGGGACUCCGUGUGACCGGGAUGAUACAGAUUGUCCUUGGUUUGAGCAUCGUUUUCUUCGGUAUUCUUCGCAUAGUGCUCCAUGUUCCGCUUUAUUUUGUCGGCUCCCCUGUCUGGGGUGGGAUACUGUUUGUCGUCUUACCUGGUCUCGUGGGAGUGGCAGCGGCGUGCAGAAGGGAUCGAUGCACGAUCACUGCUUACAUGGUGCUCGCCAUCCUUGGGUCUCUUACGACCGUUGUUAUCUUGACGUUUGCUGCCAUAUCUGCGUCAUGGGAUGGAGCUCGCCAUUUUUGUCAUCACAGCGCCAUCCCACAGUACGAAACAUGUCUGUCAAGUCAAGGUGCACGGGUCACUGUCAAUGUCUUUGUGUGUCUGUUGGCUGGCGUUGAUGGCGUGGUUGCAAUAGUUGGGGCAGCAAUGAGCUGCGGUGCCUUGUGUUGUUCCUCCGGCGAGUCUCAAACCGACACCGUGGUUUACUACACUGGACCACAGAUGGCUGCUCCGCAACCUGGCAACUUGGCUUCCGCGGGCCAGCCACCACAGUACGAGGUUGCGCUUCAGGAUCCAAUGGUGAAGGCCCAAGGAGCCGCAGCCGCACCUCCAAUAGAGACCAAAGAUGCGUAUAAACAUGAAUUUGAACAGCUGUAUCCUCUGCCAGUCAAAUCGGCUUAUCCGGAAGACCGGAUUCCUGAUACAGCCAUUUAAGAGAACGGUCGCCUGCAAAGCACAAGCCGGCUGGCCAUCUCCUUUGUUCCUCAGAAUCCUGAGGUCGAGGUGGGCGUGAUUGGAAUGCUGACAUUGGCAUGCAUGCAAAAAUUAAGGCCUGGCAGAUUACUUCCCUCAUAUCGCCAAGUUCCCGCUUUUUCCUCUUCAACGAAGAGAAACGAUUUUUUUAAAUCUAUGUAUUAUGAUUUUGGAGAUAUUUGGGUUUGUCUGGAGGGUCAUUUCAAAUAUAACCUAAUGAAAUUUUGAUUUUUUUCAAAUCCUGCACUGAGUAUAGGCCAUCACCUUUUAAUAUUACACUAUGAAACUUUGUGCCUCAUGUAAACUGCUAGCCCCCCCUUUUUUAGAGUGGUCGGUUACUUAAUUAUUGUACAUACCUUGCCGAAAUCUGUCUUGAGGUGAAAUUACGUUCGACAUAAUGCCGACCAGCUGAGUAAGGAGCUGUAGCUUAGUAAUUUAGCAUCAAGUGCCAGUAUUAUCUGCGGAUUAUUAUGAUUAUUGAUACUGUAACUUAGUAAUGUGACUGUCGUUACUAAUCAUUAUGGACACGCGUGCACGUUAACUGUGGUUAUGAUCGAUAAAGGCAAACCAUGCUGCUUGUGCUUGCAUUUACAUGUUCGAACACGCGAUAUCUUUUCUGUUGGAUGUCAUAAAAAAUCUGAUUGUUCGUUAAAGUGUUUUUUUAGUGGCCGAUGUCACAUCAAUCGAA